AUGGAUUUUUGCUAUAAUAAGCUGAUGGGCAACGGUACUAUUGCCAGCAAAUUUCGUCUUACUACUAAAGUGCAGCUGAAUCAAUCAAAUCUUCGAACACCACUACUUGCCAAAAAAGAUGUUCCAAAAGUCUCUCAAAACUCAAUACCCCACGAGGAACAGCAGCCCCGCAAGAUACUUCCCGCACGUCCCACACACAUUGUAGUUGGGGAAAAAGCUGCUACUCUGGAAGUAGUCGAAAGCACAACAAGUCACCAUCCUAGCAAUUGUAAUCGGUGCUACAGACUCAAGAAAAAAUGCACAAGAACGUAUCCAAAAUGUUCUCACUGUGAAAGGACGAGGUCGGUGUGCGAAUACGUGGAUAGGAGUAAAAAGAGAAGAAAGACCGAUGAUGGGCCUGUCACUGCUGCUGCUACUACUACUACUACUACUACUAAUGUUGCCACUGUUGUCGCUCCAGUCACUGCAGCUACUACUACUGUUGCUGCUACUGCAGAUGUUCAUGCUCCUGUUGUCACGCAUAUUGUGACGCCAACCUCCAACACAACCGCCAACUAUCCCGGGGAAAACUCUAUUAACUGGAAACCAAUGUCUGUUUCCUCGUUACUUGUAGAGACAAGUGACGAGCAAAUGAAAAAGCGAGAAAUGCUGAAGAGGAAAAAAGUCCCCACUGCUGCAUUAGCUUCGAGCGCCAGGCGUGCUCGAGAAGUGGAAAAGGAUAGCAUUGUUGACAAGAUCAAUUUCAAAAGUAUUAAAGGGCCCAUUAUUUCAAACUUGAAAGAGGAAUUCAUUACCAUUAAACGAAUGCCUGAUGCGAAUUUGCCCAUGGUUUUUGCUAUGAAUUAUUUUGAAAAUUUUGGGCAAAAAUAUCCAUUCAUUAAUAAGGUGGAGUUUAUGAAAAGUCUAGACAAUAUCGAUUUUAGCAAAGAUUCAAUUGUCAAUUUGGAUAUUUACCUUCUUUUAAGUAUUGGGUGCAUCUUGCAUGACAUAAAAUGCCUGUCUGAAGACUUUAUGCUAUAUUUCAAGACCAAAAGUGUUGAAAGUGUUAUUGAUGUGCUUGACUUAUCAUUUACCACUUUCAACCCAGAUGAUUUGCACCUUUUGUUGCUACUUUGUUUGUGUGCUGUUACAUCAUUGAACAUGGAUUUAACUUGGAAUUUGGUUGGAAUGCUCAAUAGGGCAGUGCUUAAGUUUGAAUUGUUUAAAAAAAUAAACGACGAUGAUAACGAUAUUAUAGUGGAGAGGAUAUUUUGGUCGAUUCACAAUUUAGAUAAAGAGCUUAGUUUGUUGAUGAAAAAACCUUCACAGUUUCCAAAAUAUUCGUAUUUUGAUAAGAAAUCAAUAGUUAAGCCGCUUUUUGAAGAUGAAAACUUGUCGUUGGUAAAUCUGUAUUUAGCACUUGGAAGGUAUCAAGAUUCAUUAGUCGACUCCAUUUUGAAGAAUUCAAGAGAAAAAUUGACUCAGAUCUCUAGUGAUUUAGGAGUCUGGGUUGGUGCAAUUACCAAGGAUAUCAGUCUCAAAUUUGUGUCGGAACCAUUUUUACAGGAUCUCAUUCCAUUUGCUAAUAUUCAAAGCUACUACUUACAAGCAGAAAUAGAUCAGAUAUCAACUACGAAAAGUUUCCAAUUUCCUUCACAGUUUACUUUUUAUUCCUUUACUUUGUUGAUAUCGGCCUCAGACAAAUCAGUAGGACUGGAGAAAAAACCAAACACUAAAUUGGCAAUUGCAGCAUCAGGUUUUUGGUAUUUGCAACUAUUCAAUAUAAUCAGGUACAGUAUAACGUGUUUGAGCUACUUCAUUGAGUCUGGUACAAAUGAAGUAAAGCUCAAAGUAGUUGAAUUUCAGGGAUUCUUGCAGCAGGCUGUAAAUCUAUUGAAAUACAUUAGGGGAAACAAAACUUUACGUUGUUUGCAAGGGUAUAGAAAAUUGGAUGAGCAUGUCAAUAAAUUAAUUUCAACUUUGGACAAUUUAAGUAUAAAGUUGUUGGGGUUUGAUUGCACUGAUAGCCUUGCAAUGCUCAAUCUAUUGAAAACAAUUAAUGAAGAAGUAAAGUUGAAAUUAUAA